AUGUCUGAAAGAGGGACUUUACGGGGUAUUAAGGAGUCCCCCCCACUCACAGGUCAUGAACCACUCACCAUCCCCCCUUUGAGCCACGAGUCGGGUCUGGCGCAGGGCAAGGCGCACUUCAAGGCCUGCGACCGGCUGAAGCUGGAGAGGAAACAGCGACGCAUGUGUCGGCGGGACCCCGGGGUGGCCGAGACCCUCAUAGAGGCCAUCAGCAUGUCCGCCCUGGAGUGCCGCUACCAGUUCCACUUCGAGAGGUGGAACUGCACCCUGGAGGGUCGUUACCGCAGCAACCUUCUCAAGAGAGGUUUUAAAGAGACAGCGUUCCUCUACGCUAUCUCCUCGGCCGGGCUGACGCACGCGGUGGCCAAGGCCUGCAGCGCCGGGCGUAUGGAACGCUGCACGUGCGACGAGGCUCCGGAUCUGGAGAACCGCGAGGCCUGGCAGUGGGGGGGCUGCGGAGACAACCUCCGGUACAGCAACAAGUUCGUCAAGGAGUUCAUCGGCCAGAAGAAGUCCAACAAGGACCUGAGAGCCCGAGUGGACCUUCACAACACCAACGUGGGCAUCAAGGUCAUCAAGUCCGGUGUCGAGACCACCUGUAAGUGUCACGGUGUGUCCGGCUCCUGCACCGUCCGUACCUGUUGGCGGCAGCUCCUGCCCUUCCACGAGAUCGGCAAGCUCCUGAAGCACAAGUACGAGGGCUCGCUGAAGAUCGGCAGCGCCAGAAACGAGGACGGAGAGGGCGAGAUGGUGGCCUCCAGGAAGGCCACGGCCACGGCCACCGCCCUGCAGCACAGCCACAUACCCAGGACCAUCGACCUGGUCCACAUCGAUGACUCCCCCAGCUUCUGCCGCCCCAACAAGUACUCCCCCGGCACGGCUGCCCGCAAGUGCUACAAGGACAAGAACUGCGGCAGCAUCUGCUGUGGCCGCGGACACAACACCCAGAGUCGUGUGGUCACCCGGGCCUGUCAGUGCCAGGUGCGUUGGUGCUGCUACGUGGAGUGUAAGCAGUGCACACAGCGAGAGGAGAUCUACACCUGUAAAGUUUGAGCCAAAGCUACAGCA